AUGUGCAUGACAGCCCGUGUUACCACUACCACUACCACUCCGGUACCUGUUAUGAGUUCCACUACCAGUUUGAUUGCCUGUCCCAAUGUUAACGGAAUGGCUAAUAUAAAUACUAACAAGAUCAUGGGUCUCUGGUAUGAGCUGGCUAUGGCUCCCAAUAAUAACCUAACAUAUAACUGUCCCCAAAUGACCCUGACACCAGUGAAAAAUACUAACACGUUUGAUUUCUCAUUCACCGCUCAAACAAUGAACAACCAACCAAUACAACUAGGGUUGACAGGUUUACCCAUGAAUCCAUCAUCCAUGAUAUUGAACAUGACCCUCGAGUUGCCUGAUGAUUUUCUAGAAACCUUUACCCUAUUCGGUCGAAAGCCAAACAUAAAGUCCAUAUCUACCGGUGCUAUGAAUACUAUCCAACAGACCAUCACCGUUACUUAA